CUGCCUUUAUUUUUCAUUGCAGAAUCCUGGUUUGUUGACAUAACCUGCUUCUUCUUUUUCAACCUCUUCGCUCUUCUUGGCUGCACGGUUACCAACUGGAUUCGCUUCCCUGGUCCACGCUUCCUAUGGAUACCAGUCCUCUUGCGCCUCGUUUUCUUCGUACCCUUCUUCCUUUUCUCAAAUUAUCGAUCUCUUGUCUUUGCAUUCACAAGUGGCUACUUUUCUUCCCUAGGAAUGAUGUAUGCUCCCAUAUCGCCUCCUGAGCGUGCUGGACUUGCCGGUCUUUUGGCUUCCUUCUUCUUGAUACUUGGAGUCUUCUCUGGUUGCAAUCUUACGCGUGCCAUAAUGGCGUUCCUGUAG